AAGGGAGGGGAGAGAAACUCUGCAGAUUCCUGUAUCAUCUCUCUUUCUCUGUCUGAAUGAGUACAGGAAAACUCAGGAUUGCUGCGCCCCUCUCUCUCUGUCUCUCAUUCUCUCCCACCCCUCUUUCUUUCUCUCUCUCUCUCUCUCUCCCUUCCUCCUGCCUGCAAUUGAAGCCGGAGGGGAUCAAGAGGACGGGAUUGGCUUGUGCCAGAAGGCGAGCGCAGAGAGAACAUAGCUUAAGAAGAAAGCCAGCCUGGAAAGAAGCAGCAGCAGCCGAGCCGAGAGAGAGCCAAGCUGCCUCUCUUGUCAACCGCUCUGGUCCUUUGAUUUGGAGGAGAGGAGCGCUGGAAGUUUGCUGGUCUCUUUGCUUCUCUCUUUUUUUUCCCGGAGAUGUUACAGACCUGGUCAAAGCUGCGGCCAGGGCGGUGCGUUUCUGCGCGCAACUGACCCGGCUCACCUGUUACCGGCUGGGUGUUCUUUUUUUUUUUUUUUCUGAUCGCUUUUGGGAACUUCUGGACGUCGUCGAAGAGGCAGUGGAGGGGCUUUUGGGAGCAGCAGCAUGGGCUGGAUCGGCCGGAUCGCUUGCCUUUGCUGCUGGGGAUGGGGAGUCUUGCUUUUGGCCCGAGGAGCACACAGCCAGCAUGCCAAGAGCGACGUGCCGCGGCUAAAACUGUCCUACAAAGAAAUGUAUGAAUCCAACAAUAUAGUCAUGUUCGAUGGAUUGGUUAAUAGUUCCACUUACCACACAUUCCUUUUGGAUGAGGAGCGGAGUAGACUCUACGUUGGAGCAAAGGAUCACAUAUUUUCUUUCAAUCUAGGGAACAUCAAGGAAUAUCAAAAGAUUGUUUGGCCUGUAUCUCAUACCCGUAGGGAUGAAUGCAAGUGGGCUGGAAAAGAUAUUCUGAAAGAGUGUGCUAACUUCAUCAAAGUGCUGAAGGCAUAUAACCAAACUCAUUUGUAUGUCUGUGGAACUGGAGCUUUCCAUCCUGUGUGUACCUACAUUGAAGUUGGGGGGCAUCCGGAGGACAAUAUUUUUAAGCUGGAAGAUUCACAUUUUGAAAAUGGCAGAGGAAAAAGCCCCUAUGACCCUAAACUGCUGACAGCUUCUCUUUUAAUAGAUGGUGAACUUUAUUCUGGAACAGCUGCAGACUUCAUGGGCAGAGAUUUUGCCAUUUUCCGUACACUGGGACACCACCACCCAAUCAGGACAGAACAGCACGAUUCCCGGUGGCUUAAUGAUCCUAGGUUUAUUAGUGCUCAUUUGAUCCCAGAAAGCGACAACCCAGAAGAUGACAAGAUAUAUUUUUUCUUCCGUGAAAAUGCAAUUGAUGGAGAACACUCUGGAAAAGCCACACAUGCCAGAAUUGGACAGAUUUGCAAGAAUGACUUUGGUGGCCACAGAAGCCUUGUCAACAAAUGGACCACUUUCCUCAAAGCACGCCUGAUGUGUUCUGUGCCAGGACCCAAUGGCAUUGAUACUCAUUUUGAUGAACUCCAGGAUGUGUUUCUAAUGAACUCAAAAGACCCUAAAAAUCCAAUAAUCUAUGGAGUGUUUACAACCUCAAGCAAUAUCUUCAAAGGAUCAGCUAUCUGCAUGUAUACUAUGACUGAUGUGAGGCGGGUGUUCCUAGGUCCAUACGCUCACAGAGAUGGUCCUAACUAUCAGUGGGUUCCUUUCCAAGGAAGAGUACCAUAUCCACGACCAGGAACUUGUCCAAGUAAAACAUUUGGUGGCUUUGACUCAACCAAGGACCUUCCAGAUGAAGUCAUUACGUUUGCAAGAAGCCAUCCUGCUAUGUACAAUCCUGUGUUCCCUAUCAACAACCGCCCCAUUAUGGUCAAAACAGAUCUGGAUUAUCAGUUCACACAGAUCGUAGUUGAUCGGGUGGAUGCAGAGGAUGGCCAGUAUGAUGUCAUGUUCAUUGGAACAGAUAUUGGGACAGUUUUGAAAGUAGUUUCAAUUCCUAAGGAGACUUGGCAUGAUUUGGAAGAAGUCUUGCUUGAAGAAAUGACAGUCUUUCCGGAACCUACAGUGAUUUCAGCCAUGAAAAUUUCCACUAAACAGCAACAGCUCUAUAUUGGCUCAUCUAUUGGAGUCUCACAGCUUCCCCUGCACCGAUGUGAUGUCUACGGGAAAGCAUGUGCAGAAUGCUGCCUUGCUAGGGACCCAUAUUGUGCCUGGGAUGGCUCAUCAUGCUCCCGUUACUUCCCCACUGCCAAGAGACGUACUAGACGACAAGAUAUACGAAAUGGUGACCCCCUUACUCAUUGCUCAGAUCUACAGCAUCAUGAAAAUCCAAGUGGACCUGGGUUUGAAGAUAAAAUUAUCUACGGGGUAGAGAAUAGCAGCACUUUCUUGGAAUGCAGUCCAAAAUCUCAGCGUGCUCUCGUCUACUGGCAGUUCCAGAAACAAAAUGAUGACCGAAAGGAAGAGAUCAAAAUAGAUGACCGUUUGAUCCGAACAGAACAAGGUCUUCUGCUACGAAGUUUACAGCGGAAAGAUUCGGGAGUUUAUUUCUGUCAUGCUGUAGAACAUGGCUUUAUGCAGACUCUCCUCAAAGUAACACUGGAGAUCAUAGAUACAGAACACCUUGAAGAGCUGCUUCAUAAAGAGGAAGAUGGAGAUAGUUCCAGGAUCAAAGAAGCUUCAAACAGCAUGACUCCAAGCCAAAAAGUCUGGUAUCGGGAUUUCAUGCAGCUCAUCAACCACCCCAACCUUAACACAAUGGAUGAGUUCUGUGAGCAGGUGUGGAAAAGGGACCGCAAACAACGCCGACAACGACCUGCCAAUGCUCAAGUGAAUACAAACAAGUGGAAGCAUCUACAAGAGAAUAAAAAAGGCAGAAACAGGAGGACCCAUGAGUUUGAGAGGGCACCACGGAGUGUCUGAGCUACAAUUACCUCUAGGAACUUCAUCUAAGUAGAAACUUGCAUAGACAAAUAACUGGAAAUGAAAUGCAAUAUCCAUUACAUUUUUCCCCCUCCAUGGCAUUUAUGUGGAUGUUUACAAAGAGCCAGAAUGCUCAAACAACUUCCAUCUGGUUUAAAAUGAGCCCACUUUGUUAGAAAAUUCCCAUUGGACAUGUCCCACUGAUUCUGAGUUUUUCCAAGGGUGUAUGCUCUCUGAAACUAACUUAUUGUUCCAUGGAUUCUGCAUUGAGACUGAGUCAGCAUUUCACUUUGCACUGGUGUGCAAGAUUGUCACCCAUCAUUCUGCCAUUUCAAAAAUAAAUAAAAGGGGAAGGGGCAAAAGAACUCAUCAGCUAUGUGACUUUUCUUGAACUUCCUUAAAAACUGCAUGGACAUUGUAAAGCUGAUGAACACCUUUACAUUGGGUUGAUCACAAGACUAUUUCUUUUCUUUAUUUUUCUCUUUUUCUUUUCUUUUUCUUUUUGGUCUACUAGUUUUCUUGUUUAUAAAUGUACUGGAAGAACAAAAUCAAUACUGUAUGUAAUUGCAUAUUUGAAUCGGGCUACCAUCAACCGUUGAUCUGAAGCAAAGGCAACAAGUGGAACAUGCUGACCUACUACUGAUGACUUCUCUAACCCUUGACUUAAAGAUGUAUUUUAUUAAAAUCAUUAUUUAAGUAUACCACAACCAAUAUGCUGUCAAAGAUAACUCUUAAAAUAGAAUAGGCUUUUUGACUGAAAAUAUUCUAAUACUUUAAUUCUAAUUUUUUUAAUAGCGACGAGGCUCUGCCUUCUGUUUCUCAAUUUCAAUUGUUUUAAAAUUUGUCCUUAAACAGUAAGCAAAUUCAGCAGGCAUGCUGUAUAAUGAAUAACUCCCACCUACUCCCUUCAAAUGGAUUUAUUCUGGUAAAAAAGUCUCUGUUUGCAUGGACAUAUUUCUAUUUCCUUGUUUCUCCCUAAUUGUUCAGUAUGAAAGACUUCAACUUGUAUAAUACUUUGAUACAAAAAGAAAUGGAUUGAAACAAUGAAGGGAAACUCAGUUGACUUAAGCUGUAUAUUUUCUUUCUCAUUUCAAGAGACUGUGAAUACUAGUAUUAAAAUAUUUCAUCUCCUUGUUACCUAUUAUAUGGAUGGCGAAAACUGAAUAUUAGGAUACAGAAUCUAAUUGAUUUAUUGAUAGUUAAUACCAGAGUUUUCAGAAGGUGUUCUUGGAGAAAUCUCGUGUGCUUUGAAAGGUCAUCACAGGUACCCCGUGAAAUCAGUAGCCAUAGAGUUCAAGUGCAUUGUGAGAUAAGUUUAUGACACAAAGUUAAUUCUUGCAAAACAAUAAUUAGACUUAAGAGACUCAGUCAGUGUACCACAUUAGAUGACUGAACAGUCCCCAGUAUAAUGUUCCCUCACUGAUUUGGAUCACGGCUUCUUUUGGCUCUAGUUUAUGUGACCAAUCAUGAAGGAUCAAGAGGGUUGAAGAUCAUAUUAGCUUGGCAAAAGGUGAACAUGCCCUGAGUCUUUUACAAUAUAAUAUGGAUUGCAGUCCCCAUGAGAUCUUAUAGAAAUUAUUCCCUGGACACAAAAAUCUAAACAUCAUCAAGAAAAGCAUAAAAAUUGGCAUAUAGCAGCAUGGUGCAUACAGAAUAUCCAAUGCAUAUUAGAGUAUUAAAGAGUAUAUGUGUAGUUAUGAAUAAAGGCUACACGCACAUUA